AUGGUGGAUACUGACUACAAGAAGGCACGAAAAUUCGAAGGGGGUUUGGAUCUGGACGUGUUUGAUAUUGUAGGCGUUUUAAAGUUGCCUAUAUACGUGGAAGUACUUGAUAAAGCAUUGAUGGUGGAAGCCAUUCCGGCAGCAAAGAAACAAGUUCCAGGUAUGGAUUGGUUAACUAAAUACUAUGCCACCAUUGACUAUGUGAGUAAAUCUGUUGUGUUUCGACCACAAGGUGAUCCUGAGUUUGUCUUUACUGGGAAUGGGGCAGUUUCUUCACCGUACUUGAUUUCAUUUAUGAAGGCCAAGAAGUUGUUAAGAAAAGGGUGUCGGGGCUACUUAUGUUGUGUAAUGACUGAGUCUUUAGAUAUUGCUAGUGUGGAAACUAUACCUGCGGUUAAUGAAUUUCCGGAUGUCUUUCCAAAUGAUUUACUCGGAGACUUAAUUGAUUGGGAAAUUGAGUUCACCAUUGAUGUUGUACCCGAGACACAAGCGAUUUCUAAAACCCCAUACUGA